GCCCCACAUGUUAACCCUUUCCUGCCCAGUACCAUUAGUACAGUGUCAGUGCUUUUUAUUAGCACUGAUCACUGUAUUGGUGUCACAGGGGAUAUCAGUCACACCAAGUCAGUUCCCCCAGUGUCAGAAUACCCAGCACAGUCCCACAGCUCCACUAUAAGUCUCUGAUCGCCGCCAUUACUAGUAAAAAAAACCAAAAUCCAGUAUAUAUACCGCCAUUUGUAAACGCUAUAACUUUCACAUAAACCAAUUAAUUUACACAUAUUGGGAUUUUU